AUGAAUCAGGGGGUCUCUAUAAUAUUGUAUGUUUUGUUUAAUCGUCGUCUUCUCCUUCUUCGAUCUCGUCGAGAGCGUGGCGCCGGAAAAUUCGCUGAAGACGUCGUUCGCGUCGACGAUGUCUCUCCAUCUUCUGACGCAUUCUUUCCCUUUUCGUGUUUUCGGAAUCGUCGGAAUACUCGCCAUCCGACGAGAUUUCUGAAGCUGACGAGCAAACCGACUCGCGGCACGCUUGCUCGGGAAUCGGCUCUAUGCGAGGCGGAAUCGGAGGACGACGAUUCGAGGAAGAUCGGUGGGAACGAGGCGAUACGGCUUCUUCGCGUCCAUCCUUUUACGAACAUGAUCCAUAGCCUCCAUGGCAAAAGGGUGAACUUCUCCGACGCGAUGGAAGGGAUUGGCACGUUGAGCACGACUGGCGCCGAUGAUCGUGACGAACAUGACGCUCUUCCGGAAUCGGAGAGACUCUUUGGUGUAUCAGAGAAAAAGGAAAUGUCGUCCGAGUCGACGGAAGACGAGGAAAAUGUGGUUUCCGUCUCCGACGACGACGUCACGCUAAUCGGCGUAGUAAUGAACGAUUUCGCGGCGAUCUUCGGAUUCAAUUCGAGAAGUGUAAUCUCACUGGUGACGUUAGCAAGCGAACAAUUCGAAGACGGCGGUGGAGUGGUCACUUCCAACUUGUCAAACAAUCUCUUCACUGUCAUUUCGUCCUCUGGCGUCAUCUUAGGACUCGAUGGCACUGCGAUUCGAAGUAACGGGGAGAACGGAGGACGACGUGACGAACCCCGAUCGUGUGCGGUUUGA